UUCAUGUUUCUUUGCUUGGUCCUGCUUCUGUGCUUCAUGAAGAAGUGCGCCUCUGUUUCAUUUUUUUUUUCUGUAUUGAAGCAACUGCAAGUUUAUAUUUCAUGUUUCUUUGCUUGGUGCUGCUUCUGUGCUUCAUGAACUACGCCUCUGUUUCUUUUUUUUUUUUUCUGUAUUGAAGCAAGUUUAUAUUUCAUGUUUCUUUGCUUGGUUUUCUGCUUUCAUGAACUGUGCCUCUGUUUCAUUUUUUUUUUUUUCUGUAUUGAAGCAAGUUUAUAUUUUCUAUUUCUUUUCUUGGUUCUGCAUCUGUGCUUCAUGAAGUGCACCUCUGUUUCUUUUUUAACAGUCACAUGGAAAGUGGAUCAACGACCAAUUCAUCAAGAUCAAAAACAAGUAGAUCAGAUGAUGAGAUUGGAUGGAAAUAUAAUAAGUUGCAAGAUCCUAAUAACUCAAGUCGGGUGGUCUGUAACUUUUGUAAUAAAGUUACCACUGGUGGUAUUACCAGAGCUAAAAGGCAUCAAAUAGGGAUCAAAGGGGAUGUGGCUCCAUGUCCUAAAUGCCCACCAGCAGUUAGGGAAGAGUUGUGGGUCAAUUUACAGCAGAAAACCACAACUAAAAAGUUAGAAAAGGAGAUGUUUAUGUCUAGUUGUGGUACUGUUGAUCUUGAAGAGGAAGAUGAAGAGGAAGAAUUUAUGCCAAGGGAAUCAACUUUAACUAUUGGUGGUAGAAGUAAAAAGGCCAAAAUUGGGCAACACAAAGGCCCCAUGGAUUUGUACAUGUACCAAAAACCUGAGGAAACUCUCAAAAAGAGAAAGCUUGAAAAGUGUAGGCAAUCUUCUAUAAAAGAUUCUAACAAGGAGUUGAGGGCUGAAACAAUUCAAUAUAUUGCUCGGUUCUUCUACCAAAAUGGCAUCUCUUUCAAUGUAGCUCGUUCAGAAAGUUUCAAGUUAAUGGUAGAAGCAAUUGGACAAUAUGGAAAAAAUCUCAAACCUCCUAGUUACCAUGAAUUGAGGGUUUCAUGCUUAAAUAAGGAGUUGGAGUAUACUAAAAAAUUAAUGGAGUAUCAUAGGAAACAAUGGCCAAGAUAUGGGGUCACUAUUAUGUCCGAUGGAUGGACGGAUAGGAGGCAGAGGAGUAUAAUCAAUUUUUUGGUUAAUUCUCCUGCUGGUACAAUGUUUGUAAAAUCUAUUGAUGCUUCUGCUUUUGUCAAAACCGGGGAAAAGCUGUUUGAGUUGAUUGAUAGCAUUGUGGAGGAGAUUGGGGAAGAACAUGUAGUUCAACUUGUAACAGAUAAUGGGAGCAAUUAUGUUGCAGCUGGUAAGUAUAUUUAUUCUAUUGUAUUUGUUAUUUUUUUAACUUUAAAUUUAAUUUAUUAAUGCGUUUUGUUUUAUUUCUCUUAGGUAAAUUAUUGGAAGAGAAGAGAAAGCACAUAUUUUGGACUCCAUGUGCAGCGCAUUGUAUUGAUCUUAUACUAGAGGACAUUGGAAAGAUUUCAAAGGUUAAGAAGACAAUACAAAGAGCAAUGAGUU